AACUUUUUACGACACUGGGGACUUUACGACACGUUUACGGUCUCCUUUACGGUAAUUUUGACUGUCAGGCGCGGAUUUUGUAAACAAAGCUAACUGUGUCACUUUGACUGGGCUCGAAUCGGUUCAUUAUAUCAACCAGUCUAUACAACUUUCUGUUCAUUUUCUUUUCUUUAUCGAUUUUCCAUAAACUAAAAGUUAAUUUGUUUAGCUGGAGAAAACUUUUUAGCCGUCUGAGAAACUUUCUGAGAGCUGCCACGAUGCUUUUAGCACAUCCCUGCUAGCUAAGAUACUAACCGAGCGGAAGAGCAGCAGAACCGGGGAGGCUGAGUCCGAGGGCAGCCGCUGCUGCUUCAUGUGACAGCGGGCCAGGCAUGCUGAUAGCGCACCUCCUCGGCAGACCCACGCUUCGAUCGGGACUACUGCGGGCGAGGACGGGCUUUUCCUGGGCGACACGGAGCCGCUGGUGCUCGGACGCGGCGCAGGGGGCAGACAUGAUUCGCAGCCGAGCUCAGAUCAAGCGGGUCCUCUGCGUGGCCGAGAAGAACGAUGCAGCCAAAGGCAUCUCUGAGAUCAUGUCUGGCGGCAGAGCCAGGAGGAGAGAAGGAUUUUCGAAGUUCAAUAAAAUAUAUGAGUAUGAAUAUAAUCUUUUUGGCCAGAAUGUGACAGUGACAAUGACCUCAGUGUCAGGCCAUUUGCUGGGUCUGGAGUUCAAAGCGCCUUUCCAGAAAUGGCACAGCUGCAGUCCCGUGUUGCUGUUUGAUGCAGAGGUAGAGAAGAUUUGCCCGGACAACAUGGUUCAAAUCAAGCGGACUCUGGAGAAGGAAGCGAGGCAGUGCCAGGCGCUGGUCAUCUGGACUGACUGUGACCGGGAGGGAGAAAACAUUGGCUUCGAAAUCAUUGACGUUUGCAAAGCAGUAAAACCCAAUUUGCAAAUCUUUCGAGCGAAGUUUUCGGAGAUCACUCCCAACUCGAUUCGAAGAGCGUGUGAGACGCUGACGGAGCCCGACUGCAACGUCAGCGACGCCGUCGAUGUCCGGCAGGAGCUGGAUCUGCGGAUAGGUGCGUCCUUUACCCGGUUCCAGACGCUUCGCCUGCAGAAGAUCUUCCCCGAGUCUCUGGCCAAUCAGCUGAUCUCAUACGGCAGCUGUCAGUUUCCCACCCUGGGAUUUGUGGUGGAGCGCUUCAAAGCCAUUCAGGCUUUUAUACCCGAGACUUUCUACAAGAUCAAAGUGCUCCAUGAGGUGGAAGAGGACAGUGUUGAGUUCAGCUGGAAGAGAAACCGUCUCUUCCAUCACACAGCUUGUCUGGUGCUCUACCAGAUCUGCAUGGAGGAUCCCAUAGCAACAGUCACCUCAGUAACAAGCAAACCCAAGAGCAAAUGGAGACCACUGCCUUUGGACACUGUGGAACUGGAGAAACUGGCGUCUAGGAAGCUCAGAAUAAAUGCCAAAGAGACGAUGAAGAUUGCUGAAAAGCUUUAUACUCGAGGGUUAAUCAGCUAUCCUCGCACAGAAACCAACAUAUUUCCUGCAAACCUUCCCCUGGCGCCCCUGGUGGAGCAGCAGGCGCAGAGUCCGGAGUGGGGGACGUUUGCCCAGCGGGUUCUGGACCAGCCUGGGGGCCCCAACCCACGGCAGGGCAAAAACUCUGACCAGGCCCACCCUCCCAUACACCCCACCAAGUACACCAACACGCUGCAGGGCAACGAAGCACGUGUGUAUGAGUUCAUUGUGCGGCACUUCCUGGCCUGCGUUUCCCAGGACGCUUUGGGGCACGAGACGGUGGUGGAAAUAGAAAUUGCUCGGGAGAAGUUCUCCACAUCUGGACUCAUGAUUAUUGCAAGGAAUUACCUGGACGUCUACCCGUACGAGAGGUGGAGCACAAAGCUGUUACCAGUUUAUGAGCAGGGCUCCCAGUUCCAGCCCUCCGCCAUUGAGAUGGUGGACGGACAGACGAGUCCGCCUCAGCUGCUGACCGAAGCCGACCUCAUAUCCCUGAUGGAGAAGCACGGCAUCGGAACGGAUGCGACCCACGCAGAACACAUCGAGACCAUUAAGAGUCGCAUGUACGUCGGUCUGACUGCGGACCAGAGGUUUCUCCCCGGGGAGCUCGGCAUGGGACUAGUGGAGGGUUACAACUCCAUGGGCUACGAGAUGUCGAAACCCAACCUGCGCGCCGAGCUGGAGGCCGACCUCAAGCUGGUGUCGGAGGGCAGGAAGGACAAGCGGAGCGUUCUGCAGCACCACAUCCAGAAAUACAAAGCUGUCUUCAUAGAGUCCGUGAGGAAGGCGAAGAAGUUAGACGAGGCUCUGUCGCCGUACCUGGGCGCAGCUCUGGAGCUGCCCGACGCAGAGCAGCUGGACAUGGAGGUCCCGCUGCCGGUCAGGAAGUGUCCUAACUGUGGGCGGGACAUGGUGCUGAAGAAGAAGAGGGAGGGAAACAGUAGGUUUCUGGCCUGUGUGGGCUUCCCGGCCUGUAAGACGGCCGUCUGGUUCCCGGACGCGGUGCUGGAGGUCAGCAGGGAUGACGGGGUUUGUCCCACAUGUCAACCGAGCCCCAUUCACCUGCUGAAGUUUAAGUUCCGCAGAGGCAGCGUUCCUCCCAUGAUGCCUCUGGAAUUUGUUGGCUGCAUCGGUGGCUGCGACGAGACGCUCAGAGAGGUUUUGGACCUCAAGUACCUUGGAGGAGGAGGAAGAGGAGGAGAAGGACGAAGCAGAGGACCGGGAGAUGCUACAGGAUGGAGUGGAGGAGGAGGAGAUGAUGCUCCGCCUCCGAGGCCCCCGAGACCGCCACCGCCCAGACCCUCCAUGCCUCCUGUUCCCGCCUGGACCCACCAGCCCAGACCUCCACCAGGUGGCAGUGGCGUCCGCGUGGAAGCCAGUAGCGACGUGAUCGUCUGCAACUGCGGCCAGGACGCGCUCCUCCUGACGGUGCGCAAAGACGGCCUCAACCAAGGCCGCCAGUUCUACAAGUGCAACUCCGGGGCCUGCAACUUCUUCCUGUGGGCGGAUCAGCCGAAUCAGCAGGGGGCGCCGCCGCAGAGCAGAGGACCCCCGCUGUCGGCGCAUAGGUCUCCUCAGGCUCCCAGGGCCUCGCUGGGGUUCGGGAACACGUCCGGAGGCGGCAGAGGGCACACCGUGUGCAACUGCAACGACAACGCCGUGACCCGCACGGUGCAGAAGGACGGACCCAACAAGGGCCGCAUGUUCCACACCUGCGGGAAGCCGAGAGACCAGCAGUGCGGCUUCUUCCAGUGGGCUGAUGAGAACGUACCUCCACCAGGUGGAGGAUUUAACGCAUUUAACGAAGACGGAGGGAAGACGGGGAGGAAGACGGCAGGAGACGGCGCCACCGGCAGAGCUCCCGCUGCGAGGAAACCGCGGACCUGCGGCAUCUGCCACAUGCCGGGACACACCCGCGUCACCUGCCCUCAGCGGUGACCGACCGGAUCCGGAGCGCCGUGACGUCGUCAAGACGCCACCGGUUUUGCUUUGCGGUGGACAAUAACGAGCGUGUUUAUCAAGUGCCUCUUCGCAGCAGGUAGACGUCCCCUGGUUUCGCAACUCUUCCCGUAAAGUGAAAACAGGUUCGACUGCAGGACCAACGGCUGUAAACAGAUUUAAGAGAGCAGAGUUGCGCCUCUGAACAAUGGCAUGAAAGAGAAACUAAAACUCUGUUUGUUCUGCUCUGAUCCGAUCUCCUCUCUGAGGACAGCUCAAGGUUUCAUGUGUCAUACGUAACUCUUUUUUUUUUUACCCCUGGAGUUGAAAGACAGAGGAGGGGAGGGUUAACCUUAUGAGGACAAUAAUCAGAACCAAAAUUAGAUGCACGAUGAACUCUUUUAAGAAGGGGAAUUUAAGCCUGUUUCGCUAAAGUCAAACUGUUAAGUCGAGGCUCUUUUAUGGCCGGAGGGAAACAUCCAGGGAGAGACUCAGCGCCGCACACGACAGUGCUGGACUACUUUUAAAAACUUGUAGGUGUUUGUAACCACGGCAACUCUGAAGAUGCUCAACAAGUUAAUUGUUCGCUUUUCUCUGCUGGCCCUUGGAUCGGAUGUGUCCUUCCCCCCAUCCAGCCACGGAGAAGUGUGUUAAAUAAAAGGCAGGCAGGUCACGACUGUCUGAAGGUGUAAUUAGCUAUACUUUAUUUAAAAUGCUGACUUUUACUAGUAAUAAUUUAAACCAGAGAAGUAUUUUACUGUCGUGUUAUUUUUGUUGACGCGUGAAGCGUUUAUUAAAACACAAAGCCAUUAAAAAGGAAUGGUCAGCUCUGCGUAUUUUUAUUUUUUUUUAUUUUUAAGCCUGGUUGACGAUGAUAAACGUUUCUGUCUUUGCACACAGGCAGGGCUUUGCUUUUUGGGGAAGCUGGGUGUUGUUUUGAGUCUGUGGCGCUUUUCCUUUUGCUUUUGGUUUUUGCUGUUUUGGUCUGUGAAACUUGGAAAAAAGCCCGAGAUAUUCCGUCAGCUCUCAGUGUGUCAGCGUUGGGCAAACUUCUUGACCCUGACUCGGCAGCCGAGUUCAUGUUUUGGACUUCCCUGCAAAAAAUGCCCAGUCAUUAGACUCACUGAAACCAGAUACUUAACAUGCAAAACUAUGUAUAUAUUUUUUCUCUCUCUCGUUUAUUUAAAAAUGCUAAGUAUUUCACAUGCCAUUUUUAAUUAGAAAUGUAAAAAAUACAUAUAUAUUAUUUAUUAUCCUUGAGGGAUGCCUGCAUCUUAUCCUAUCAGACAUCGAAUGUUUGGUUUAGUGAUGAUAACUGUAAAUCUACCAGUCAGGCUUUAACCUUUCCACAUGCGCAACCACCCUAAACAUACAACAAAUACUCAGAUGAAACGCCUUUGAAUAAGAACACAUUCAUGUGUCAGAGUGGCCCAGUCAAAGUCCAGACCUAUACCCAAUUGAGAAGCAGUGGCAAAGCUUGAAAGUUGAUGCUAAAGUAAGACUUUUCUCGAUGUUACUGUCGUUUUUGGAAGCAGCGAUAACUGCAGUGGUUGAAUACCGUCACAUAAAAUCUACAACUAAACACACUUAAGUAAAAAAAAAAAAAAAAGAAAGAAAAAGUAGGGAAGUUUACAAGUAGGGCUUUAAACUCUUCUGCAACUGCGCCGCAUCUUAAAAGUAUCCGCUGAUCUCCGUGGAGCUUUAAAUUUCGUCAGGGUCUGGUUGGGACAGCAUUCCCAGAAAUGAUUCCCUCCUCACUUCAUCGGAGAUCCACUUUAAGUGGUGAUUUCCCCGCGGGAAUCAGAGCGGGGACAAAACCCAAAAAAAAAAAAAAAAAAAGGAAGGGAAGUAAAAACGGAUACCCGGCAGGGGGAGGCUGUAAUGUUUUACUGCUCUCUGUAGUUGUGUUGGUUUUCCAGAGAAUAUGCAGCGAUGCCUUUUACUGGCACGUUUGAUGACUCACGCGUGACUCAUAACGUGGGUGGGAGUCCGUGUUGUUUCUUCCCUUUCCCUUUCCCCUCGCCGCACCGGCUCCUACGACUCCGCGAUUACAGGAGUAUCCAGGCAGAUAAACGAGUCAUGUGACGGGUCGUGUUGUUUCUCUGAAUCGGAGGCAAUAAGCUUUCACUGACGGGAAGCAAACGGCGCCGCAUCCCUGCAGGGUGACUACGGAAAAGGCAAGAGGAAGGAAACAAAAACACCCCAGGGUGCAGCGAAAUGUCCCGAUAGGAAUUACUGGAAUCAUUUCUUUUAUUUUUUGUUUGUUUGUUUGUUGUCAUUGUGCAGAAAUACUUGCCCGACAGCAGCGCGCCUGUUUUCAUCGUUUAAGAAGUUUACAGACGCGUGAAUGUCGUUAUUAUUUAGGGAUUUUGAAGAUGUUGGGGCUUAUUCCCUCACGAUGAAGUAAAUGAAUUUAUUAGAUUUUCUAAAAAGAAAUUUGAGCUCUUUAAAAAAAAAAAAAAUCAACUUAGAAUCAAAACCGCUCAUGCAACCUCUUAAUAUCGCACUCGUAUUCGGAUAAAUGUUCCUGCAAACUGCGUUUUGUUUUGUCUUCUGGUGGAAAUCUGAGCACGCUUCAUAUCUUAAUUGGUGGAUUUCAUUAGAAUUUCCAGAUUUUCUUUCACAUCUUUUUU